AUGAACCAUCCAAAAUUCUUAAAAAAUCAAAUAAGAAAAGAACUGACAUUAUCAGUUACUGGCUUCCCAAUUACAACUUUUUUCACUGUGCCUUGGUUUGUUGGUGAGGUUCGAGGAUACUCUAAAUUAUAUGAGAAUGUAGAUGAUUAUGGGUGGUUGUAUAUUCCAAUAUCUGCACUUUUAUUUUUAUUCUUUACUGACAUGUGUAUAUAUUGGAUACAUCGUUGGAUACAUCAUCCACUCAUAUAUAAACAUUUACAUAAGCCACAUCAUCGGUGGAUAAUACCAACUCCAUAUUCCUCUCAUGCUUUUCAUCCAUUAGAUGGCUAUGUACAUCUCAUUUGUAUUUGUCAAUUUAUGGACAGUGCUUACCUUUCUUCAGGUACAUUUAUUAACGGAGCAGCACAUCAUGCUCUUCAUCACCUAUAUUUUAAUUAUAAUUAUGGACAAUAUUUUACUAUUUGGGAUAAAAUUGGUAAUAGUCAUCGUUUACCUGGUGAGGAGCAAUAUGAUAUCAACAAAAGAAAGGAUGGAAAGAUUUGGCAAAAACAAGCAAAAGAAGUUGAUG